ACGAAAUUUGUGUCAUGCGCGUUAGAGUCUGUGAUGGCAGUAUGGUGUGUGAAGGUUAAUGUUAGGUAAAACGUUAGUACAGUUCAUAAAACUAUAUUGGAAUUUAACAUAACGGAGCGUUUAACCAGCGUUUACAGAGUGUCUGACCAACAGCGGUGUGAACUGACGGGCUGCGGACUCAGCAGUCAUGGCCGGUCUGUCCAGCUACGCCGUGCGCAUGGCCAGACUGAGCGCACAGAUCUUCGGGGAGGUUGUGCAUCCGACAGACUCCAAAUCUAUGAAGGUGGUGCAGCUGUUCAAAGAGACUCCUCUGGCCAAGACAAAGGAGGUGUAUGACUGGUACCCACAGCACAAGAUUUACUACGCCUUGACCCAGAAGCUCAGGUUCAUGGGACUGUUCAGAGAUGAGCAUGAAGACUUCAAGGAGGAGAUGCGUCGCCUGAGGAAACUGAGAGGAAAAGGAAAACCAAAGAAAGGAGAAGGGAAGAGAGCGACCAAGAAGAAAUGAGCUGCUUAUUUUUUUCUUUUUCUGGAGGCAGACAGCAUCGGACUGUGUACACCAUCUCUGCAGAGGGUUGUUAAUCCUGGGAGAAUUCCAUUGGUUUGGUCAGGACUGUCCUGCUGCUUUGUCAGGAGCUUUUCUGCGACGGGUGUAUCAAAGUGAAUUCCAUCCUUUUAUUGUUUGAUGUUCGAUCUCUUGUAUUUAAGUUACAGAAGGUGAAACAGUAUGGAGUCCCAAACAGCCAGUCAAAUAGUAAUUUGUGACUUUUAUGUUCUAAAACAAGCUGAUGAUAAUACUGUAAGCAUCUGAGAGCCAAUGGCCAUGUCUUUUUUAGAUUCAUGGAUUAAUAACAAAUGUUAGAUCUACUGCAGGUAUACUGUACUUCGUGUCAGCUCUGUUAGCUGGUGUUAGCUUAACUGUUAUUGGAGUGGUUGCAAAAUGAUUUUAAGAACCAGACAUGUUUCACAUUUUCAAAAUAAAAUCAAUGUGAGGAAUGUG